CCCCAGAAUGCACCAUGUGGAAGCCCAGAAAAUGUUUUACACCCAAGACAGACGAGCCUCUGCUAAUGACCAGCUUUCAGAAAGGAGGUUAACUUAUGAGCAAGUCUGCUACAGUCACAGUAAUGCCUUAUCAAGCUACAGCAGUCCUCUCAAGCAGCAGUGCAGACAGCCAUGUGACGCCCGCAGCAUGCCUCCCACCCCUCGCCUCCACCGCAACGCCCUCAGCAGCACACAGCUAAGAUCAGAGGAAGUUGCUCAACAUUUCCAUCAGAGGAGUGGGAGUUUGGAGUCUCUGUCUCACCACGCGACGGAGGACCAAACCAGCCGGUACCCUCCAUCUCCGUCUCCCACGCCCGACGCUGCAACAGCACCGCGAUCAUCGACGACGGCUCGUCCCAUACGAGCCAGUCCAGCGCGGAGUACCUGCCGCCCGGCAACCACAGCCACAGGUGGCGAGCUCGCGGCCGCCACAGACAGGACCCGUACGCCAACACUGGCAGCAUGCCCAACCUGGCCCAGCCGGACGUCCCCCGCUACGCCGCCUACCAGCCGCAGGGCCAACCCACCCCCACGGCCUAUUACGUCACCGGCUACCCAAGCCAUCUGGACCCAGAACCCUACCCCAACAGAGUUUACAGGUACGACGACGGCAUGGAGGGACACUACAACGUCAACCCGUCCUACCACCACACACAGGCAGCGUACUACAGGCGAGACUUCCACUCUCAUUACGCCACCGACGAGAUAGACGCCGCCGCCCAGCGUUUUGCCACGCUACAGCCGCCCAGGAGCCGUCCGGUGCAGCGCAACACCGAGCAGAUCACCAAGAACAUCCAGAAGGCGCUGGUGGUGGGACAUCUAAAGGAAUGGUACCAGCGCAACAACCCCCAUCACCAGGGGACGUAUAACUACGACUACGACAGAGGCUCCACGCCAAGCCUGGGUUACCAGGCGAUGCCCACCCCUUACCCUCCGAGCCACAGGAACAUUUCUUACUCCUCAGCCUCCUCCAGUGGAAACUGGCGCAUGAAUAACCGUGGUAUGUCCGAUUACGACGUGCCCGUGCAUGAAUCGUUCUCCUACACGUUGAGCCCCGCCCCCUACAUCCAGCCGCCCCACAGCAGAUGCCUCCCAGAAACUCAGUGGCGGAGCUUUGAUAGGAUGACGGGCCCCGCGGGGCCUUUAGAGAGGUUUGCUGCUGUUGCCCAUGCCACUGACCAGAUAAAAAUCCCCCCCCUAAAUAUCAGUCACAGCAGACAAGAAAGGGUGAGAGUCAAGAAGCAGCUUCACAUCAUGAUCCUACAUGGAUGUAAGCCACGUGGAUUCCCAAAUGAACAACCAAACACACACCAUGGACCCAGAUGAGCAGAUUUUAUGGCAUGAAAGCUCCAAACCAGGAACUAUAGUCUAGUCGGCUGUUCCACUGAGCUGGAUUGACAAAGCUGUUGUUGUGCCUUAGACUGCACUUACUUGUUUAUUUUGUUGUCUAAAGAGGACUUAAAGAGUGAAGGAACUUAGUGGGAUUACGCAAAUGAAGUGACCGCAGUUUGGGAUCUGAUAAACGGCCUCUGUUGAAGUUCAACCCACCUUCAGUGGGGUGCCAGGGUAGCGCGCGUGUUUGUGGUGGUAUCACCUCUGCACUGAACCUAAACCUGCUGUGGACUGCAUGUUUCAGCCGAAGAGGAAUCAGAAUCUACUCUGACAGUGUUUGCCUUUUAGAGAGGCCAACUUCAGCCAGACUGGGGCCGCCUCUGCUACAAGGAACCUGAGCGAUGGCGACGGCUUAAACGACUGACCCUGUUCUAUUACUGACAGUCUGGUGUGAACACUGGAACCAUGAAGGAGUCGCCGCACACUGAACAUGAAGGAUUGAACUCAUUAAAAUGGGACGUUUUACACAGCUUAUUACGGCAUCGAUUCCAGCAGUCACUCCCACCUCCAAUGAGGUCUUUCCAUUUAUCACUAAAUGCAAAAUAAGUGAGCCAAAUCCUUAUUUGUAGCACCAUGUGAGUAUUACAACAGGUCACCAGUUUGAGAUUACUGCCACUACUGCUUUGUGUUUGUUAUAAGAUGGUUAUUUGAUCCAUGCUGGAAAUCAUGGGCCGGUGCUCGUCUUUUCUCUCCAGAGAACGAACCUGUUUCUAAGUGUUGUUGUUGUAAAUACACUGGUUCUCUCCUUUUUUUUUGUACAGCAUUUUUAUAUAUAUUUGAGAAAAGGCACAUGUAAUAUAUAGUGAACAAUAAUUGUUAAGCUGGUUCUUAGUUAUUUGUAUAAUUGUGCAUUUGUUUGCAAUUAAAAAAAAAGUAUUUGA